AUGUCUUCCUCCUUUGUCCGGUCGAGUCCGCCAUUUGAGCGUCGCUCAUCUCGAAUGCCUGGCGAAUUCGAGCCUGAGGAAGAUGAUGUGAACAACAACACCCAAGCCAUGGAUCAUACGCCCUCCCACGAUGAUGGGUCUUCCCACAUUUCUUCGUUUCUCCCCGGCCCAGACGAACCAAGCAGCCUUCUUGACAAGACCACAGCCAGCGGUAUGGAACUGCCCAACAACACCAUGCUGGAGGAGCGAGAAAUGAACCGAAAGUUGGCCGAUGUCGAGUCCAGUUUCCUUCCAGAAAUCUCCCAUAUGGCCCCAGUCAAUGGCCAUACCACGGGCGCCGAUGACACAUUCAUGUUCGGUGUUCCAAACGACAAUAUCGCUAUUCGCAAACGUCCAAAUCCCAUCGAUGUGACAUCUGCGUUUCGUGACAUUAGCACAGAAUCUCGAAAAGAGAACGCGCAAGCUGAAUCCCCUCGCACCCCGGAAGGCACCUAUAAGACACCGCAUCUAGAUCAGAGCGGCUUUGCCGUUCCCGAUGAAUCCAGGAUUACGAACCCAGAUGCGCCCAACACAUCGGCGCUCGAAAAUAUGUCCUCUUCACCCAUGACUGUAGCAAGGACUGUUUCUCGGGUGCAGUCGCUCGCGACGAUCGGCGGCUACGAGACCGCAGCAGAAGAAAGCGAAUUACCCGAGUCGCCGUCGAAGAAACCAACCGCGACCGCGCAUGACAGUAUUGAUGACGAGGAAGAUGAGCCUACUCCCAGAAAGCCUACUCUGGAUCCGUCUGCUGGAGCAUUUCUCGCGGUGCCUGGUGCCGGUGCCGAUGGUGCCAAUAUGAGCACUGAAAAUGUCGCCGCAAAUAAGAGCCGAAGACCCAGAUACCUCAACAGCCGCUCGUCUACGGCAAGACUAUCCUACGACUCCAUUGCAAGCUCUACUACCGAUGCCAGUGAUGCUACCUUGGGCGCCGACUAUGCCUUGCAAUCAGGCGGGGCGGUUCCGGAGAAACGACGCAGGCGACGCGACGAACAGCUCACCAUCUCACGUCAAACGAGUUUGGGUAGUAUGGCAUCGGGCAUAGCAUUGAGCGAUGAUGAGAGUCGACCCUCCCAGACCUUCAAUCCUGACUUGUCUACCCUGCCAGAGGAGAGCCCCAAGUCCAACAAUGACUCUCGGCGUACGCCCACCGGCCCGGAAACUCCUCGCCAACCUGCCAUUGUCAUGCCUACCGAUACCGUCAUUGCAGAGAAUGUCCGUGGAAUAGAGGUCCCCGGCACAUUCGCCCGCCAGUACAGACAAGAGCGUGACAUCUCGCCCAGCAAGACGCUGUCGAUGGCUGGAAUGACCCCGGCUCCCAAGAAAGGUCUGACUCUCAAAGAGCAUCGAAGUACUGUGGAGAAAUAUUCUAAAGAAAACUUCGAUUUGAAGAUGAAGAUCCACUUCCUCAACGAAGCCCUCCUGAAAAGAUCGGAUGACGGCGUAAAGGAGAUGAUUACAGAGAAUGUGCAGUUGAAGAGCGAUCGCAUGCGUCUUGAGAAGGAGAACCAUACCCUGCGAAAGCAGAACAGGGAGCUACAAAGGAAACUUGAAGAAAGUAACGCCCAGAACUCUCCCAGGUCCGAUCAAGGCUAUGGCACCGAUGACGAGCGGAGUCCGACUAUGGAGGAGGAAGUCUUAUACCUUCGUGAACGGGUCGAAACAACCGAGAUUGAAGUAACGAAACUUCGCGCCGAGAACAUCGCCAAGGAAGGUGAAAAGCGUCGCUUAGCAGAGAUGGUACGCUCUCUUGGCGAGAACAGCCGUGGCACAAGCGAUGUUGGGUCUAGAGAGGAGAGAGAUAUGUGGAAGGAUAUGCUCGAAGCUGAAAGCAUUGCUCGAGAGCAAGCUGAUGAGGCAAACCGAAAGCUCCGAGAAGAAGUUGCCAAGCUGAAGCAGGACACUUUGAGUGUGGUCCAAAGCCGACCUCGCAGAGGCCACGGCGCGACUUCCGUUAUCUCUCGUGCCAGCAGCGGUGAUACUCUCCAAGCCCAAAGUGCUGAGCUUGAGCGCCUCCGACAUGAGGUUUCGGAAUUGCAGAAGACUAUCAGCGCUCAGGCCUCGGCGCUCACCUCCCGCAAUAAGGAGAAGGAGCGUCUCUAUCAAGAAAUCGAGGAUCUGAAGCUUCGUAUGGGAGGCGGUCGUUCGGUAGCUGGCGACAGCAUUCUCGAUCGAUCUGCUUCACGCGCUCGCUCUCACUCCAGCAAUGGCACCAAACUUUUCACCGACCAAGAGAGGGAGGAGCUUGAAAACUACAUCAAUGAGCUGCGCGAUGAGAACAGUCAACUCAAAAUGGACAAGCAACAGCUGUCGGCGGAAGUGGAAGAAGCCCUCCAAGAGCUCGAAGCCAUUGAUCUCCAGGCUGAAGCUGAUGCGAAAACAUUCAACCAAGAACUAGAAGCGCUUGCUGGGGAGCGAGAUGUUGCUUUGCAAGCAGCUGAAGAACAUGAGCAAGCUUUCCAAGCUCUUAGGGAAGAGGCUCAGACUGAACUCGACGCCUUCGGUGACGAUCUUGAUGCGAAAAACAAAGAGAUUGAAGAGCUCGAGCAGCGACUUCAAGCUUCCGAGGACAAUUUGUCGGCCUUACGAAGCGAGCUGCAUUCUGCGAGCGAAGGUCUUGUGCGCCUCGAAGAUGACGCUCAGCAAAAUCUCGCACGCUACCAGAGCGUCAAAGGUGAACUCGAUGACGCAAACCGCGAGAUCGAGAGCAUGGAGAAGUCUCUUGCUGAAAAUGACAGUAAGAUUCAGCGCCUGACUGUCCAGCAAGAGAGCAGUCAUAACGAGAUUGCCUUCUUGCGCGAGGAGCAGGAUGGAGACAAAAUAAAGAUCGGAGAUCUCGAGUCACUCCUGAAGAAGGUGCAUCUCAAUCUCGACAUGGAGAGAGAGAAAUCCCGCGAUCUUGAGCACCGCAUCAAUGAGGAGCGGCAACAGCGAGAUAUGAUCGCCAGCAAGAAGGACAAGGACGUCCAGAAGAUGAUUACUGGUCUCAAUCAGCAAGUCGGCCAAUUGACAGAAGAGGUGCGACAAACUCGUAAAACUCUGUCCUCGCGUGACAUCGAGCUGUCUGCGUGGAAGGAGAAAGCGGAGGGGAUCGAAGAAAGCCUCCGAGAUAUCAUUCACGAUCCCAGUGCCAGCAGAGCUAGCCUCAUUACUGCUGUCGACAAGAUGGCCCACGACCUUGAGACUGUGACUAUCGAUCUGGAAUCUACUCGUCGUCGUCUCGAGGAACUCCACAGCGUAAAUGCGAACCGAGACGACCUCCUGGAGAACAGCAGUCACGAAUGCCGUAGACUGCAAGACGCGCUUGAUCGCGAGCGAACCGGCCGCAGACAGGAUAAGCACUCGUUCGAGCAAGCGCUCAGAGCUCAACAGCAGGCCACACGCGCCAUGACCGCCAACAGUGCCAGGAUCAAUGAGCUGGAGCAUGCCCGUUCCAGCGACCGCAGACGUCUCACACAGCUUGAGAAUCAAUACAAAGACCAACUAGCCGACAGAAACAAAUUACUGUUGGACCUGUGGAAGAAAAUGUCCGCCCUUUGCGGACCAGAUUGGGCUCACAAUAACAGCCUCAUCAACGGGAAUCUCCCAUCGCAAGAGGUGAUUGGCAACAUGCUCUUCUGGCCUGGCUUCAGCCGCAAUAUCAUGCUGGCCGCCAAGCAAGUGGAGGGGGUGUUCGCUUCAUUCAAAGAUAAGAUCAAGCGCGUAGAGAGAGAUCUCUACAAAGACUAUCGAGGACUGGAGCACACACUCGAACUCCGAACCAAGAGGCUUGAGCGCAUCGAAGAAGCCUGGGAGAGAAUGAAGGCCAAAUUCGGUGACGACGGUCCUUCCCGUUCCAGCAGCGCUCGUUCCGGUGUGUCCAAUGAAGUUAGCAAGCUCAAAGGCGAGAACCGCCUACUAAAGGCCGAGCUAGCCCUCUACCAGCAGCAACAUCAUCGCCAUAGUUCGCGUCAGCAUCGACCCGAAAGUCGUACCUCGCUACGCUCCGGUGGUGCAAUGUCCAAUGAUGGUAUGCCCAUCAUUGAGGGCGCUGUUGGCCUACCGCCACGCUCAUCCAGCGUACGUAGAGCAAGCCAAGCCCCAAAUCUCGAGCGCCAUCACACCACGAAUAUCGUUGAACACCUUGCCUCGGUCAACGACACUCCCGAGGUGCGUUCGAUGCGCUCAAACUCGAUAUCCAGCAGGAAUUCCGGCUACAUCAUUACCAACGAUCGCACUCUCGAUGAGCGACGGGGCCUCAUGGUUCCCUCGGGAAAUAUGAGUAUUCCCGCAAAUGGCAAUUUCUCUAUGCCACCUAGAGAGCCUGCGCCGCUUCCCCCCACUGCUCCCAGCAAUGCCUCUGGCAUUGAUAUUGGAAGCCUGAACAAUGGUGCUGGCGGACCUGGACAGGAGAAGUGGAUCCAUCGUCUGCGUGAGCUAGAACGACGCCUCAAGGCCGAGAGAGAAGCUCGAUUGAUCGACCGUACUGGCAUGAGGAAGCGACUUGAAGAGAGAGACGAAGUCAAUGACGCUCUCAGAAUGGAGUUGGAGAGAGAGCGAGGCAGGAGAAAUGCCGACUUGCAUGUAUUCAACCCUCAGCAGCAGAUUGCGGAUGUUGCGACCGGUACCCAAGCCGGUUUCCGCCAAAUUGACGGGCCUGACGAGAGAUACGACAGCGCUCUAAUCGAAGAAAGUGAAGUCACCGAAGAACACAAUACACUUCCAAGAUCAAGAAGAGACUAG